AUGUCGAAGACAUCGUAUGCACUAGUGGAGUCUCUAGAGAAGUUUCCUGAAGAAACAGAAGAAUUAUCCAUUAGGGUUGCAGAACUUCGCCACGGUUGAUACAGGCUUUCCAAUGUUUCAGAAGAAGAGGACUGCAUGAUAAGAUGGUUGCUGACUGCCAUGUCAGUUGCCUGUCGAUCGGAAUGGUGGGAUAUAACGGUAGUUGGAGACGAGGAUGAUUGUUUGACGGCAGAAACUCUAUUGGCACAGAGAGAGAAGAGAGAAAAUAGUCCACCCGCGCCAACUAGAGCACCUCUUCCAGCUCUCAGUUCGGUAAUUGUUUGCAAGGCCCUGAUGGUGAGGAGUUGAAGAUCAAUAAGACGUUCAUCAUCAUCACAUGGGUGAAGAACCAACAAGAGAUCCAAGAGAAGGGAGACACCCCCCAAACCCACGACCCGAAUCACGUUGUCCCCUGUAUUCUUAAUAGACUAAGAGUUAUGGGAAUACAUUGGCUAAGUUUAACCCGAAGAGAGAAUCUUUGAUCAAAUGGCGCAAGCUUAUAGAGCAGUUUGUGGACGUCUAUCAUUAAUUCUUCAUCAGAAUCGGUCUCUGCGAAUUCUGCACAAAGCGCCUGCAGUAUAA